AUGAUGCUGAGGGAAAAGAGACAGGCACCGUACCUCAGGUUCUUAACGAUCCUGGAAUUGGAGGUCUGGAUAGGUUUGGCGUUCGCUUUCCUCUUGACGAUAUUUCUAUUAUAUAUUCUCGAGAGGUACUCGCCCUUUAGCUAUCGGAACAAUCGAGAAAAGUAUCGGGACGAGCCGGACGAUCGAUUCUGCUCGCUGAAGGAAUGCUUCUGGUUCGCGUUCACCUCGAUCACUCCCCAAGGCGGAGGUGAUAUACCGAAAAAUUUAUCCGGCAAAAUGGUAGCUGCAACCUGGUGGUUGUUCGGCUUCGUAAUCGUGGCAGCUUACACCGCUAAUCUAGCUGCUUACGAGACCUUGGAUCGAUUGGAAAGAAACGUGGAAUCGUUGGAAGAUCUAAGGAGACAAUUUCAGAUUCAGUACUCGGUCGUUGCUAAUUCAACGGCAAUCUGGAGAAAUAUGACGCUGGACGAGAGCGUACCCGAAUCGAACAGAUCUGGCUACGUCGUAUGGGAUUAUCCACUGGAGAACAAGUACAUGACGAUGUACUACGCGAUGGAGGGAUAUGGAUUUGUCAGGUCUGUGGAGGAAGCGGUGAAGUUUGUACAGAAAGUAAACCGCGCUCAGGAGUUCGCUUUCAUAGGGGAGGCUAUCACCAUAAAAUACUUGAUACUGACCGAUUGCAACUUUAAACAAGUCGGCAAACAGUUCGGUAAGAAACCGUUCGCGUUUGCGCUGCGGAAGGACUCUAUGUUGAAAGAGAGGAUCGACGACGCGAUUACACAUCUGGCCGUUCGAGGGAGAUUAAACGUUCUGGCGAAGAAAUGGUGGGAGGAGAACCCUUUGAGAAUGAAUUGCCCGCCGGAGAAGUACUUAAACAUGGGCUUCGACCUCGACAAUUUGGCGGUUGUAUUCUUGCUGAUACUCCUCGGUAUACUGCUCGCUAUACUGAUACUUUGCCUGGAAUUCUGCUGGAAAAAGUCUCUUUCGUCGAAAGGAUUCGUCGCGUCGGUCGCGGAGAGUGAAUAA